UUUCAGGAGGCAACACAAAAAUAAAAAUACACUCACGACACCUUUCUCCCACCUCUUUCUCUCUCCUGGAAUCUCAUACAUAUUCGCAGGUACACACAUAUCCACAUCAUUCACACACCCAUAAAACAAAAAGCUUUCAGGAUCUCAAUCUUAUUUCUUCUCUCUGUUUUUUCCCUCCUCCCUCCUCGUUUGUGUCAAUUCUGCCAUUUUUCGAUUUACGAUUUAACAAAAUGCAUUACUGGUCUCCUUCGUUAGACGUUGAUCAUGAAUUUGAGAAGCUUGUUAAUCGUAUGCAUCCACCCAGGGUUACUGUUGAUCAUAUCACAGACAAAAAGUCCACUCUCAUCAAGGUCGAUAGCGCCAACAAGCGUGGGAGCUUGUUAGAAGUGGUUCAGGUUUUGACUGAUAUGAAUCUGUUGAUCAAAAGAGCUUACAUUUCUUCUGAUGGAGGAUGGUUCAUGGAUGUAUUUCAUGUCACUGAUCACAAUGGGAAAAAGCUCUCAGAAGAUAAUGUUGCAGAUCGCAUCCAGCAGUCACUGGGACCAAGAGGAUGCAGUUUCCGGUCCUUAAGAGGUUCAGUCGGGGUCAAAUACGCAUCAGAAAGCACCACAAUCGAACUAACCGGGCGUGACCGGCCCGGUUUGCUUUCUGAGGUUUUUGCGGUUCUUGCUGAUCUCAAAUGCAACGUGGUUGCUGCUGAAAUCUGGACUCACAAUUCAAGAAUGGCUUCUAUUGUCUACAUCACUGAUGACGAGACAGGACAUCCAAUUGAUGAUCCUGAUCGACUAUCUAAAAUCAAACAACUUCUCUUUUAUAUUCUCAAGGGUGAUCUAGACAUGCAAGGUGCACAAACCGCGGUAUCAGUGGAGUCCACUCAUACACAAAGGCGGCUCCACCAGCUGAUGUAUGCGGACCGUGACUAUGACCUGUCGGAUGGGACUAGCGGGACCCGAAACGGUCUGGUGACCGUAGAGAAUUGUGCCGAGAAAGGUUAUACUCUGGUGAAUGUCAGGUGUACUGAUCGGCCGAAACUAUUGUUUGAUACCGUAUGCACGUUGACAGAUAUGCAAUAUGUCGUCUUUCAUGCAACUAUCAUUGCAGAAGGAGCUGAGGCUUUUCAGGAAUUUUACAUCCGUCAUACCGAUGGAUGCCCGAUUAGCUCAGAGGCAGAGAGGCAACGAGUGAUUCAUUGUCUAGAGGCAGCUAUAAAAAGACGAGUCUCCGAGGGCCUAAGACUAGAACUAUGCGGUGAAGACAGAUUGGGGCUAUUAUCAGACGUGACUCGUAUUUUCAGAGAGAACGGGCUAUCAGUGACUCGUGCGGAGGUGACAACAAGAGGUUCUAAAGCCGUAAACACAUUCUACGUGAUGGAUUCAUCGGGGUCUCAAGUGAAAAGUGAAACAAUUGAAGCAGUUCGCAAUGCAAUGCUAGUUGAGACCGAGACAAUGCUUAAUGUGAAGGAAGAGGAAACAUUUAGAAAGUCGAAAGUUAGUGGACAGGAAAGUGGAGGAGGGUUUUCAUUGGGUAAUCUGUUUCGGAAUAGAUCUGAGAAGUUUCUUUACAAUUUGGGUCUUAUUAGAUCUUGUUCCGAAGUGGCAUAAAGUAUGUUAAUGGAAGAGGGUAGUUAGAUGAGGUUUAUGCGUCAAAUGUGUUGUUUAAUUAGAGAGCAAGUGUAAAUAUACAUAUAUAUAUACAUGGAUGGUUUGGCCUUAA